AUGACUUUCGAUGCACUCUCGCCUCGAGAGGUGACUGAAGCCGUCUCAAGAACGGGGGCACAUAAAGGGAAUAUGCGGCUGGACAAGGUGUUUUUGAGUGCAGUAUCAGCUGGUUGUUUACUUGCAUUCGCUUGCGGGACUACUCUUAGUACCACGGCCACACCCUGGUUUCAAGACAAUGCACCGGGUUUGAUUCGAACUAUCGGCGCCUUGGUGUUUCCUUACGUUUACUACAUUAGCUGUGCUCCAUCGCCGCCUACCUUGGUCAAGAAUGCUGAUUCACUGGGCUGUGACAUUCAUUGGCAACCUCGCCGGAUCUUUAUUUAUCGUGGCUAUCAUCUUCGGCUGUAG